UUUCCAUUUCAGGUGCAGAUUUUCGUUGGUGAUACCGAAACGUAUGCCCUCAAAGCUUCUUUAGCAAGCCCAUUUGAAACUUCGCCGAGUUUCAAGAAUGCUAAACAAGAGGCAAGAGAUAAAUAUGGGACUGAAUAUGUUUUUUUGACUGGCCGCUUGGGAAGAAUUCAGAAGAUGUACUGCGACGCUGCCCUUGGUAACGCCAAAGUAAUGCAGGCAGCCAAGAACACGGAUCUCAUUGUCGGAGACGCCUUUUACAUCUGCGGGUCACUAAUUGCGGCCAAAUUCUCCUUACCUUUUGUCACUGUUUUCGCGAUGUCGCUCAGUACAUUUACAGCGCAUGGCUAUGGAUUACCGCUGACCCCUUCCUACGUACCGCAGUUCCAGUCUAUCCUUGGUGACCACCUAAGUUUCAUCGGCAGAAUACAGAACGUGUAUCACUGGAUUCUCAAUUACUGGACACAUUACUACAAAAUUGUUCCUUUCUUUCAAGACUUAAAGGUUCGCUACAAGAUCGAACCCAACAAGAGUCUGCAUGAGAUAUUAAAUCGUGUUGACCUCAUUAUUGCACAAAUGGGCUUUUUUCUUGAUUACCCUCGACCACUAUUACCAAGUAGGUAUGUUGUUCACACGACGCAACAUUGUCUCUUAGAGUCAAUAGUUAAAACUAUUCGAAGGGGACCACGGGCAAAUUCUUGCAGCUGGGAAUAUCUGUACUUGAACGUUUGCAAAUGAUUAAAAAGUAAUAUUCCAUUAUUUUGAGUAGGCAGGACUAAACCUGGGCUCGAUUACUGGCCGCUGUUUGAUUUGGCAAUGACGCUUCAGCUGGAGCUACAACCAGUUGCAGAAGUACUUGAGACACUGUACUGUAUCGAACUGUAUUUUGGCCUAAAUAGCCUGUCCAUGAUCUUGUGCUUGUGAUCCCCCCUCCACCCCUUACCAAAGUUGCUAGCAAUACAAGACCAUGCUCAAAACUUGGAGGAACAACUUUGAAUGGGAGGGAGGAGGGAGCAGCGAUUAUAAGGAAGAAAUGUCGUUUUUUUCGUGGGAGUGUCUCAACAUUUUUGCAACUGGUUGUAGCUUGCGCUCCUCCCGCCCGAACAAGCAGCUGGACGCGUGGGUUUUCUACAGUCAUUUGCAGAAAUCAGAUCGUUGCCUGCUCAAACGGAGCAGCCAACUAAGCUCGAUUACCAGGCGCCGUUCGAGAAAUGAGCCCGCGCCCAUCUACCAAGAGAGCGGCGUUAAUCGAGCCUAGACCAAACCAUUUGUCACGUUAAUUCUAUCCACUCGAUCGCUGUCCAUCCCGUGUCCCCUGUUUCUUGGUAAUCCACUUGCACUUCGAAGUCUACUGCCGUAAAGAGGACCUGUUAUGUGUAUAAAGGGCAACUUAAGCGUUUCCCGUUCCACACCUUCGAAAAACAUCUCCCAGAAGUAAACCAUAACAAUUUUGACCACAGAAAACAAUCUCGUUCCUCGUAACAAUAAACGAUGAAAAGGUGUCAUGAUGAUGAUAAAGUUUUAAGUUACAAAUAGAAUCUUUUACUGGGUUAUUAUCACCUUUUUUCAGAUACCAGAGUUGUUGGACCACUCCUGGUCAGUCCACCCAAACCACUCCCGGCCGAAUUGGAGGCGUUUAUGCAGAGCUCUGGGAACAAUGGGGUAAUUUUGGUUUCAUUUGGUUCAACCAUAUCGUCUUCAGCCAAAAGAAUCGAUAAGGCCGGCUUAACAGUUAUGGCUGGUGCGUUUGCAAAAUUGCCACAGAAAAUUAUCUGGAAGCUGUCUGAAGGUACAAAUCACUAUAUUUUUUCAUUCAAAAGGUAACUUCAAUUUCUCUGACAAGUUACCUGAUAGCGUCUUUCCCAUUUCCCUUGGGGGUACUCUUAGGAAUUCUUGGUGGGGGUGUGUUGCCCGGUUCUUCGAAUCCUAACGUUAUUUCAGACCAAAAAAAUGUCAUUUAGGAACGACGAACACAUUCAUACACUACCGUAGUUCCCUUGUAAACCAUACCCGAUUUCAGACCAAAAUGGGCAAAAUUCAGACCAAAACGGCGCCAAAACUAUAUACCCUUUCGGGCGGCACAUACCUGUAUGGCUUAUUAGUAAGGGAGUAACCCCCGGACAUCUUUCUUAGUUUGCUGAUUGUGUGGCCUCCACCUCUGCUCUUAGAGGAAGAAAGUUCUUUGGCACUCGUGAUGAGCGAAAACAUCAAAAUUGCAUCAUGGCCCCCACAGAACGACAUUCUUGGCCACCCUAAGACUCGUCUGUUUUUUGGACACGCCGGGCUUAAUGGAAUACUAGAAUCCACUUACCAUGGAGUACCAAUGAUUUGCUCUCCUUUCUUUGGUGAUCAGUUUGACAAUGCCUAUACCGCAAAGAAUGUUGGUUUCGCUGAGGUUCUACAUUUGAGAGGGGCAACAUCAGAACAGUUGUUCAGCGUUAUUCAAACCGUGCUCACAGAUCCUAGGUGAGUUUUAUGAUUUUGAAAUAUUUUGAUACAAUUUGCUUGGCAGCCUGNCCUUUCUUUGGUGAUCAGUUUGACAAUGCCUAUACCGCAAAGAAUGUUGGUUUCGCUGAGGUUCUACAUUUGAGAGGGGCAACAUCAGAACAGUUGUUCAGCGUUAUUCAAACCGUGCUCACAGAUCCUAGGUGAGUUUUAUGAUUUUGAAAUAUUUUGAUACAAUUUGCUUGGCAGCCUGGAAUCUUCCAGUGAGGGGAAAAGAUCCACAUGCAUCUAUAAAUUCAUGCAUUACGUUGUUUCCACGCCUGACGAUUGUUUUCGGAAGGUAUUUAAGUGUUGGCACUGGAAUUGAACCUCAAGCCUUUUGUUUCCUAGCUACCGUGAGUCUGCAGAGCGAGUCUCCAAGUCCAUAAAACAGUUGCCUCGUGCGCCUGUCCAAGAAGCCGCUGACUGGGUGGAAUACACGCAGGCUCAAGGUGGUUUGCAGUAUCUCAGACCGAGAGGACUGGACCUACCGUUCUACCAGCUCCAUCUGUUGGAUAUCCUCUUACUCAAAUUUACAGUUGUGGUGUCUGCUUUUGUCAUCGUAAGGUUUCUUUUUAGAUUCGUUAAGAGCGAAAACAAAGUGGUGAAAACAAAGGAAAAGGCGACAUAA